AUGUACCGGCUACUAAUUAAAGUGCCACAAUUCUAAAGGUACGUACGUACACAACUAUCUUUCCAUGCAUCUAUCUAUAUAAACUAGGUUUAUUUCCACAUCAAAUUUUCAUAUGUUCAACCAAAAUUCCAAAACACAAUAUAUACAAAUUCAAACCUAUUUCAUUGAAUAAUGAAGAACAAAGCUUCAGUUUUUGUGAAGAAUAUGAUUUCGGCAUUGAGUACUAUAGUGAAAGGGAAGGUAACGGGGGUGAAGGGUAAAGCCAAUGCUAUGAGAGUUCGUCUUUUGGUUUUUUCACUUAUGAAGGGCAAAAAACUUUCACUUGGUACUCUUUCAACCAAGAUCCAAGCCUUGUUAGAUCGAAAACGCAACGACAAAAUAAUGGCGGAGGAAGAAAUAAGUUUAGACGACAUCGACGAUGAAGAUGAUGAUCAAAACAAGGCGAUCAUCCUCUACAAUACAAAUAUGGCUAGUGAAUCGUCUACUACUACUGAUCAUGAGCUCGCGCCAUCGGAGAAGAGGGAAUUGUUGUUAGAGUAUUAUGGUCGUGAUGAAUACUAUGAUGAUGAUAAGUAUCCAGAUCUAACACAUUCUUUGUUUGAUGAAGAAGAUGAACACGAAGGAUCGAUCAUUGAUAUGGUGAAAAACUCGAAAGAGAAUGAAGGGCAAGAUUUCAAGUUGGAAGAUGAGAUUGAUCAUGUUGCUGAUUUGUUUAUUAAGAGGUUUCGUAGACAAAUGCUCCUCCAAAAGUGGGAUUCUUUCAAGAGAAUUCAAGAGAUGUUAGGGAGAAGUGCUUGAUCUAAUUAAUUAAUUAAUUAAUUAAUUAGUUGGAGUUUAAUUAUUUUUGUGGUUAAUUCUAUGCAUUCGGAGACUAGCUAGUACUCAAUAACUCAUAUGCAUGGUUAAGAAUUUUAGCUACUACUACUAUGUCAACUAGCUAGCUUGUUGUGUAUAUGGAAAUGGUGGCCUAGAUCAAGACUCGGGGAUUCAGACGCCAGCAGCGGAUCAAACAUUACAGAGUACUUCGUAUUAUAUUUACGUAUAUUUAUAUAUACAUUAUAUUAGCCUUUUUUUGUUCUAUGUAUGGAAGGAGUUGGGAGGGAUUGAUCGAUCGAAUUACUUAGCCAAAUUAGAUUGUAAUUACUCCGAUCUCACUGGAUUUGGCCAUUAACCAUUUACUUGUAUUAGAGGAUCAUCUAAAAGCUUUAAUUGUGUUAUUCUGAAUUUUCUGAAUUCAAA